GAGUAGCCAAAGUUGACAAGUGUAUUCAAAAAAUCUGGUUGCCGAAGCAGUCAGUAGUAUAUAGACCUUAAACAUGGCGAUAAGUGUGUGUGUUUCAAGAUGUCAAAUAUUAUUUAAAAUAAAUACAAAUGCACGAUCUUGUGGACUAACAAAAUUAAAUAGUGGUCAAUUAUUUUUGACAUCAUUAAAUCGACAACAUAAUGGUAGAAGCUUUAGUUCAUCGAAACGAAUUGAGAGCACCUCAAGCGAUGACGAAGGAGAUGAUAAGCGCUCAAGCACCAGUGAUUCUCACAGCAGUGACGAAAAGACAAAAGAAAACAAAGAAGUAACUAUUAAGUACAUUAGAGGAUUGCCGCAUGUGACAGUGCCAUUGCCAAGUCGAAAUGAAAAAUGUCAAUUUGCACUACGACCGGUAUCCCACAAUGUUGGUGACUUUUUGCAAAUGCUUUUGGCCGAAGACAAAGGUAUCGAUCGAGCUGCUGUUAUGAAUGAGGAUGGUAUUCGCAUAGCCGCUGCAUGUUCAAUCGAAAGUCUGCUGAAUGAUGGUUUUUGGUUACAUGUGAAUGAUAAACGUUAUCAUGUUCAACCUCCUCCGCGAUCUGCAACGUCAAUCGAAGAAAUGGGAAAAAUAAAUGAUGUGCGAUCGCUGGUGGCGCAGCUUUACGAAACACUUCAUGUAGGUGAACAUCAAAUAAAAAAAGAACGUGAUAUGUACACACGCUUAGAAGAAAUAAACACAGAAUUGCUACCGUUAGAACAGUUGAAAGAAGAGAUUACGUUGACUGCCGAUAAAAAAACAUCCUACUUGACAUGGGUAGGUUUAGGUUUGAUGUCCGUGCAAUUUGGUGUACUGGCCCGAUUGACAUGGUGGGAAUAUUCAUGGGAUAUUAUGGAACCGGUCACAUAUUUCGUUACUUAUGGAACUGCAAUGGCUGCCUACGCUUAUUAUUGUUUAACCAAACAGGAAUACAAUUUGCCAGAAGUAAAAGAUAGACAAUUUUUAAUUGCUGUACAUAAAAAGGCGAAAAAGAAAGGAUUCGAUGUGGUUCGAUACAAUCAAUUGAAGGAAGAAGCUCAUGGUAUUGAAAAUGAUUUACGACGACUUCGUGAUCCGCUCUAUUUACGACAUUCACCAUCAUCAACUUUUAAGCUGAAUGCUACAAACAGUGCGAGCGAUCAACUACUUCAAAUGGCUUUAGCAACAAAUACAGAUACCACAAAGAAGCCAUUAACCGAAAGACUGGCCAGCAUCCUUGAGUCAACGGCGAAAAAAUUUAAAAAAUAGAAACAAAACACAUACUCAUGCACCACAACACACACACACAACCCCCGCCCUCUCAGUUAUAACAACCAACUUUAAAAAUCAACCAAUUUUUCAUUUCAAAACUCAAAGAAAUUUAUGCCUAUUUUACUCGUUUUCCUUCAAACAUAUAUACUAUACUCAGUCAAUAGGACCUGAAGAUAAUAAUUCAGAUCCAAUAACAACCAAAUAAACACAGAAGAAACAAAUUCGACAAAUUAGUUUUGAAAUCUCACCAAAAUAUGAAUUUGUAAGGUUCCCUUUUUAAUGUCGCAAUAUUUUGGCAUGCGUGCGCACACUUGUCAAAGCUAACUUGAUUGUUUUAUUAUUUGUGUUCAGAAAGUUUUCUGCCGAAAAAUAUGCCGAUAUUAGAAGAAAAUCUAACAAAUCCAUAUUUUGAUAAAAAUUCGAAAAUAAUUUGUCGGGUUUGUUUCUCGUGUGAAUAUAAUCAAAUAAGUCAUUGUUUUAAAUGGAUAUUCUGGCUGAUGAUAAACUGUUUUCUAUUCUCGUUUCUUCUUUUUUUCAUUCAAAUAUUCAAUAUCUUUUGAUGUUUUGGUGUAAUAUGAAACAAAUACAAAAAAAAAAUUAAGAAAACAGAAAAUAAUGAAUUAUUUUGUAAUAUUAAUAGGAAAAUCAAAGCAUUGAGUCAUUAAGAACAAAAUGUAUUUCAUAAUAUUGGCGCCGAGUGCAAUUUUAAUAGAUUAUAAGUGAGAAAGUAAACAUUUUCCACUUUAUUUGUUCUUUUUUUUUUUGUUUGAUAACGAUUUUGAAUAAAAUUCAGUAAGAAUAAAAAUGAGAUAGUUACUUGUUGAAAACUACGUUGAAGAAAAAAAAUUACCGGGAAUCAUGACAAAACUAAAAUAGUAAUAUUCAAAAGAGAUGAGAAACAUUUUUUCGACAAAAAAAAACAAUGCUUACCCAAAAAAAUGCUGUUAAAUAUUUUCACGUUUACUGUGUUAAGUACUUAAGUACUCUUAGACUCUAUUGGAUUGUUUAUUGCGAAUAAACACUAAAACCGCCUACCGAUGAUGAAUCCAUGAAUUCACUUCUGAAAUGGCAAUAUCGCAUUUCUGUGCUUAUUAUUUUUAUGUUUUUUUUUGAGCGAUUAGUUAGGAAAAUUUUGCUUGGAAUGAAAAAUACAAAGAAGACAAAAAAUGUUGUAAUUUCAUUGAAAUAGGGUCUUUGUAUUUGCCCUAGACAAUGAUUUUACAGGCAUUCUGGUCAUAAAUCCGUUUGAAUAAAGUGAUUCAUUGUUUUAUUUUAUUAUUUUUUUAAACUC